AUGUCAAAACAGACUAAAUCUCAGGGGGAGGAAUUGUGGAAGAAUCGAGUUGAAAAGAUUAAUGCUGAACUGUUCACGUUAACAUAUGGUUCAAUUGUCGCUCAACUUGUUAAAGAUUAUGAGGAUUAUCAAGAAGUGAAUAAACAAUUGGAAAAAAUGGGUUAUAAUAUCGGAGUUCGAUUGAUUGAAGAUUUUCUGGCUCGGUCAAGUUUGGGACGUUGUUCAAAUUUCCGAGAAACCGCAGACGUAAUUGCCAAGGUUGGAUUCAAAAUGUUUUUGAAUAUUACACCAACAUUAGCGAAUUGGUCUGCCAACGAAAAGGAAUUUUCACUCAUUUUUGAUGAAAAUCCUUUGGCCGAAUUUGUGGAAUUACCUGAUGAAGAAGCAGCUAGUGAAAUAUGGUAUUCCAAUAUAUUAUGUGGUGUAUUGAGAGGUUCUUUAGAGAUGGUUCAGAUGCAAGUUGAGGCGAACUUUAUAACCGAUGUUUUACGAGGAGACGAUCAGACCGAAAUGAAAGUUAAACUCGUUAGAUAUCUUGAAGAGGAAGUCCCCGCCGGAGAAGAUUAA